AUGGAUUCGGAUCUCUAUGAUGAGUUUGGAAACUAUAUUGGACCGGAAUUAGACUCCGAUGACGACGUUGGUGAUAUCGAUGACAAUGCCGAAGAUGAUGACCGUAGCGACAUGGAGGAAGACGAUGAACCAGAUAGAAUGGAAGAAGACGACGCGGAAGAAAUUCCACAAAAUCAAGUUGUUCUCCACGAGGACAAAAAAUAUUAUGCUUCUGCUCUUGAAGUAUACGGAGAAGGAGUAGAAACUCUGGUCCAGGAAGAAGACGCUCAGCCUCUGACUGAACCAAUCGUGAAACCGGUGUCCAAAAAGAAGUUUCAAGCUGCUGAACAUCGUCUCCCAGAAACCGUUUACAAGAAAGAGUAUCUUGCUGACUUGAUGGAUUGCCCACAUAUCAUGAGAAAUGUAGCAAUCGCGGGACACCUUCAUCACGGCAAGACAACGUUCUUGGAUUGUCUUAUGGAGCAAACUCAUCCUGAGUUCUUUAGAGCUGAAGAUGCUGAUACUCGUUUCACUGAUACUCUUUUCAUUGAGCAACAAAGAGGUUGCUCCAUCAAAUCGCAACCAGUGAGCAUCGUUGCCCAAGAUUGUCGUAGCAAGAGUUAUUUGCUGAACAUUAUCGAUACUCCAGGACAUGUCAACUUCUCGGAUGAGAUGACAGCUGCUUACCGUUUGGCCGAUGGAGUUGUUGUGUUGGUUGAUGCUCAUGAAGGAGUUAUGAUGAACACCGAGAGAGCUAUUCGUCACGCAAUUCAAGAGAGAUUGUCCGUAACUCUCUGUAUCUCGAAGAUCGAUCGAUUGUUCUUGGAAUUGAAGCUUCCACCGGCAGAUGCUUAUUUCAAGUUGCGUCUCAUUAUCGACCAAGUAAACAAUAUUCUGAGCACAUUCGCGGAAGAAGAUGUUCCAGUUCUAUCGCCAUUAAAUGGAAAUGUUAUAUUCUCUUCUGGCCGAUACAAUGUCUGCUUCUCUCUUUUGUCAUUCGCCAACAUCUAUGCUAAACAACACGGAGACUCUUUCAAUUCAAAAGAAUUCGCUCGUCGUCUCUGGGGAGAUAUCUAUUUCGACAAGAGAACCCGUAAAUUCGUGAAGAAGUCGCCAUCUCAUGAAGCCCCACGAACCUUCGUACAGUUCAUUCUUGAACCACUGUACAAGAUUUUCUCUCAAGUUGUUGGAGAUGUUGAUACCUGUCUCCCGGAUAUCAUGGCAGAAUUAGGAAUUCGUUUGUCGAAAGAGGAACAGAAAAUGAAUGUUCGUCCGUUGAUUGCUCUGAUCUGCAAACGAUUCUUCGGAGAUUUCAGUGCAUUAGUUGAUUUAGUGGUACAAAACAUCAAAUCACCACUUGAAAACGCCAAAAGCAAAGUUGAACAAACUUAUCUUGGUCCAGCUGAUUCUCAACUAGCCAUCGAAAUGCAUAAAUGUAAUGCUGAUGGUCCACUAAUGGUACAUACAACUAAGAACUAUCCAGUGGCUGAUGCUACUCAAUUCCGUGUAUUCGGAAGAGUUAUGAGUGGUACUUUGGAAGCCAACGCAGAUGUUCGUGUCCUCGGAGAGAACUACAGUAUUCAAGACGAAGAAGAUUGUAGACGAAUGACAGUUGGAAGAUUGUUCGUUCAUGUUGCCAGAUAUCAGAUUGAAGUUUCCCGAGUUCCAGCAGGUUGCUGGGUUCUGAUUGAAGGAAUCGAUCAGCCGAUUGUGAAAACUGCAACUAUUGCUGAGCUUGAAUACGAAGAUGAUGUCUACAUCUUCCGUCCACUCAAAUUCAACACUCGAAGUUGCGUCAAACUUGCCGUCGAACCAAUCAACCCAUCAGAACUUCCAAAAAUGUUGGACGGAUUGAGAAAAGUGAACAAAUCGUAUCCACUUUUAACGACACGUGUAGAAGAAUCAGGGGAGCAUGUUUUGCUUGGUACGGGAGAGUUGUAUAUGGAUUGUGUGAUGCACGAUAUGCGAAAGGUGUUCUCAGAAAUUGAUAUCAAAGUAGCGGAUCCAGUUGUUACUUUCAAUGAGACUGUUAUUGAAACAAGUACGCUGAAGUGUUUUGCAGAGACACCAAACAAAAAAAAUAAGAUAACAAUGAUGGCUGAACCCUUGGAGAAACAGUUGGAUGAAGAUAUUGAGAACGAAGUUGUUCAAAUCGGAUGGAAUCGCCGAAGACUUGGAGAGUUCUUCCAAACUAAGUACAAUUGGGAUCUUCUCGCAGCUCGUUCCAUUUGGGCUUUCGGUCCUGAUACUACUGGCCCAAAUAUUCUUCUUGACGACACGUUGCCCUCUGAAGUAGACAAACAUCUUCUAUCCACUGUCAGAGAGUCAUUAGUACAAGGAUUCCAAUGGGCCACACGAGAAGGCCCCUUGUGUGAAGAACCUAUUCGCCAAGUGAAGUUCAAACUCCUGGAUGCUACAAUUGCCGCAGAGCCACUCUAUCGCGGAGGAGGACAGAUGAUUCCAACUGCCCGUCGUUGUGCUUAUUCAGCAUUUUUGAUGGCCACACCUCGACUUAUGGAGCCAUAUUAUUCAGUGGAAGUUGUAGCUCCUGCUGAUUGCGUCGCUGCCGUCUACACAGUACUCGCUAAACGAAGAGGUCACGUCACCACUGAUGCUCCAAUGCCUGGAUCACCAAUGUAUACCAUCAGUGCCUACAUUCCUGUGAUGGACUCUUUCGGAUUCGAAACCGAUCUCCGUAUCCACACUCAAGGACAAGCCUUCUGUAUGUCAGCUUUCCAUCAUUGGCAACUUGUCCCUGGAGACCCGCUUGACAAAUCAAUUAUCAUCAAAACAUUGGAUGUUCAACCAACUCCCCAUCUCGCUAGAGAAUUCAUGAUCAAGACCAGAAGACGUAAAGGACUCUCCGAAGACGUCUCCGUUAACAAGUUCUUCGAUGACCCUAUGCUUCUUGAACUUGCCAAGCAGCAAGAUUACGCUGGUUUCUGA